AUGCUUUCGUUAGUUGAUGUGUUUUAUUUUAAGCUUUUGCCAUAUUCAAUUCAUCAAUUAUUACCGAUUCAACAGCCUGAGAAUGUUAUACUAGAUAUAAGUUUUGAGAAAUGUUUCAAGUAUUCGAACCCCGAUGUUAAUUGCAAGAAGUUUGAGAAGUUGAAUAAUGAUGAAAAGGAGGUGAAGAAUAAGAAGAAGAAGAUUGUUGAAUGGGAAAAAGUUGAUAAGGAUUUGUAUUUAAAGGAUUCAUGGACCAAUAAGUUGUAUUUGUUUAGUAAAAAAAUCGAAACAAGAGAGUUUUUUAAUAAUAUCGAGUUGUAUUAUAAAGCAGUUGAGAGUAAGAAUGUUAUUAUUGAUUUAAGUGUAUUGAAUUUAUUGGAGGAUUUGAAGAUUAGUGGAAAUUCCAAAUUGAAAUUUCCUAGAAGGAUUAUUGAUGAUUAUAAUGAGAAUUUGAAUUUAUAUUUUAAUAAGAAGUUAGUUAAGAAAGAUAAUGAGAAAGAGAAAGAGAAAGAGAAAGAGAAUGAGAAUGAGAAUGAGAAUGAGAAUGAGAAUGAGAAUGAGAAUGAGAAAGAGAAUGAGAACGAAAAAGAAAAAGAAAUAGAUAAUGAAAAAGAGAAUAAAAAAGGAGAUGAUGAUGACUUAUUAUUUGAUCCAAUUAAAAAUCUUAAAGAUGAAAAAUCCAAGAACAAUGAAAAAAACAAUGAACCAAGUAAUAAAAAUGAAGUUAAAGAACUUGUUAUACCUAAUAUGCAAGAGGUUAAAGAAUUAGGAUGGGUCAAAAAAGAAUUUGGAGUCUGGAUCAAACUCGGAGAAUACGAUGAAAAAACAUGCAUAACUGAUAUUGAUGUAUUGUUUGGUAAUGAUGUAAUUGAGCCUCGACCCCAGUGGGAAUUGAUUAAAACACCAUUAUUGACAGGAAACUCCAAAUAUGAAAGUUAUAUUACAUUUAAACGUGGGAAUAGAAAUGAGAUUGAAACGCCGGUUUUAAAAGUAAAAUCAGAUGGAAAGUUCAAGAUAUUACAGGUAGCAGAUUUGCAUUUUUCUACAAAUGUUGGAAAAUGUCGAGAUCCAUAUCCAGAAGAUUCAGGCAAGAACUGCAAAGCAGACCCUAGAACAAGAAGAUUUAUCAAUAAAAUAUUAGAUAUUGAAAAGCCCGAUUUUGUUGUUAUGACGGGAGAUCAAGUAUUUGGGGAUGCAUCGCCAGAUGCGCAAAGCUCAUUGUUUAAAGCUGUUGAUUUGUUUAUAAAGAGAAAGAUUCCAUAUGCCAUAACAUUGGGGAACCACGAUGAUGAAGGAAACUUGAAUCGAUAUGAGAUGAUGAAGCUAGCGUCGUCGUUGCCCUAUUCGUUAUCGAAAAUCGGACGAGAAGACAUUGCUGGAUACGGGAAUUACUACCUAUUGGCAGAGGCCCCCAACAGCAAACACCCUGCGAUAUCGAUGUGGUUUUUGGAUACGCACAAGUACUCGCCCAAGCCCAAGGUGAAUCCUGGGUAUGACUGGAUCAAGGAGAACCAGAUCAACUGGCUCAUCAACGAGAACAGCAAGCUCAAGGAAGCGAAACAGCUGUACUCGCACAUCCACUUGUCGAUGAGCUUCUUCCACAUCCCCUUGCCGGAAUACCGUAAGGUGCACGAGGGGCUCAUGAUCGGACGCUGGAAGGAGGGGGUCACCGCACCGCGAUACAACACCGGUGCCCGCCGCGUGUUGGGCAAGAUGGGCGUGAGCGUCGUCUCCGUGGGUCACGACCACUGCAACGACUACUGCUUGAUGGACAGCACCCGCGUGACCACCGCGGACCAGGACACGGAAAACGCGCUCUGGCUCUGCUACGGAGGAGCCGCGGGCGAGGGCGGCUACGGUGGCUACGGCGGCACGCCCCGACGGGUGCGGAUGUUCGAGCUCAACACCAACUCCAACAACAUCUACACGUGGAAACGCGUUGAGGGCGAGGAGGAGGACGUCUUGGAUAAGCAGUUGCUCGUCAGCGGCGGUGUUGCGUCCGAGUAG